CCUUUUCCAAGAAUCUUUCAGAGUCGAUCUUCUGCACCCUCGCCGAGCCUCAAUCCGUAUUAUUCCAUUGUCGCAUCGAUCAAUAUGGCCCCGUCUACUCUCCUCCUGUCUCUUCUCCCCUUCGCCCUUUCUGUCGCUGUCUCUGCCCAGGCCUCAUCUUCCCAGGGCUGCUUCAGGAACCCGGGCGACCUGCAAAACAUCGGCUCAUACGUUUUCCAGUCGAUCGGCCACUGCACCAACGCCUGCACCGAAAAUGGAUCUCGCUAUGCUGCUGUGCAGGGAGAAGAUUGUUGGUGCGGAAAGUCGCUCCCAUCUGUAGAGGAUGUGGUAUCCGACGACAAGUGCGACACCGAAUGUCCGGGUUACGUCGGUGACGUCUGUGGCGGCCAAGACGCCUGGUCCGUCUACGAGAUGGGCGGCCGGGAGCCGAGUGCCUGGCUGUCUAGCUUGACCGACUCGUCGACGAGCACUGCAACGCAAUCGACCAUUACAGUUUCGGAUUCAGCAUCGAGUGCGACCACUUCGACCACUUCGACCAGCUCGACAUCUUCCAUCACCAGCACUGAUUCAACGCUCGAAUCCGCGUCUAUUGUACCAUCUUCCUCUGCCGUGCUGGAAACCACGACCUCAACCUCGACGAGCAUAGAGUCCACUUUCACCGGGAAUAGCGCCAACCGUCGAUACAGCUUCCUUUUCUGAAGCGCUAUCUGUAGGAUUACGUGAAGUUCGAGUGUGCAGUCACAGCGUCUAGCUAUCCGCUCUAUAAGACAAGUCUAACCGAACCGAGGCGGUGCGCUGCAAUAUGUAUUCUAUCCAUUUAUAGGCACAAUGACACAGCUAAUGCCGAAAAAGGAGUAAUGAACCGGAGAUGUGUAUUUCUCAGCUUGCGGAGGAGCUUCGCACGAAGGGGGGUUAUUUCCCGCUCGGCGUCGUUUGGGGGCAACGUCCGGAGUAGACCUGCUCUGUGUACUUAUCUCAUGCUACAGUUGUAUCUUCAAGAGAUGCAAGCCCAAUUACACCUGUACUUCAAAGCAUUUAUAGGCUGAAAUUCUAAUUAUCAAAGGCUUGC